AUGUCAAAAAGCUCAACGAUCGACGAAAUAAAAGUGGUUGUCAUUGGGGAUGGAUAUACCGGAAAGACAACACUGUGCGUUGUAUAUAAAGACGGACAAUAUCCACAAGAUCCAUAUGUGCCAACAAUUUUUGAAAACUAUGCAGCAACAGUUACUUUAUUUAAUAAAAAAUGGAUACUCAAUUUGUUCGAUUCUGCUGGUCAGGAAGAAUAUGAUCAAUUACGUAUCAUGGCUUAUCCAAAUACGGAUGUUUUUAUUUUAUGUUUUUCCGUUGUUGAUCCAGAUAGUUAUGCAAAUAUUCUUUCUAAAUGGAUACCAGAAUUAAAUCGCUAUUCUUCAAAAGUUCCUGUAAUAUUAGUUGGCACAAAAAUUGAUCUUCGCAGUGAUUUAACAACAUUAGAACAAUUGACUAAAAAACAACAAAAACCUAUUACACAAAAUCAGGGCGAGUAUUUAGCUCGUCUAUGUUCGGCUAAACGUUAUAUUGAAUGUUCAUCAAUGUUAAACUUUAAUGUUAGAGACGUAUUUGAUCAAGCUGUACACGCACAUAUGAUGCAUUUAAGGCGAACACAGUUAAAUUGUUCGUGGAUAAAUAGUUUAAUAUGUUGUGGUAGUAGAAGGUUGAAUAAUAAAAAACAUAAAAUACCAAAUAUUCAUGAUUAG